CGCCUAUCACGGAACCUGCAAGUCAGCUGAUUAUGUUGCAGGAACGCACGAGAUAGAAUGAACGUAGAAAAUCAGUUUUUUGUGUGUUUUAGUAUUUUUCUCUGUAUCAGUGUUUGUUUAGGCGAGGACUACGAUUUAGAUGAUAAAACUGGUUUAGGACGAUCGUUUGAUGGCAUUGGUGGUUUAAGCGGUGGUGGGGCAACCUCGCGUUUACUUGUCAAUUAUGCUGAACCAUAUCGGAGUCAGAUACUAGACUACCUAUUCAAGCCUAAAUUUGGAGCCUCAUUACAAAUACUGAAGGUUGAAAUUGGAGGCGAUGCUCAGACUACAGAUGGAACCGAGCCCUCACACAUGCACAAUGAAGACGAUGAGAAUUAUUUUAGAGGAUAUGAAUGGUGGCUUAUGAGGGAAGCUAAGAAGAGGAAUCCAAACAUCACCAUCAUAGGUCUGCCAUGGGCCUUUCCAGGAUGGGUUGGAAAUGGUGAAAACUGGCCUUAUGAUUUCCCUGAUAUCACUGCCUCUUAUGUGGUGUCAUGGAUUCGUGGGGCCAAGCAGUACCAUGACUUGGAUAUUGAUUAUGUCGGGAUAUGGAAUGAAAGACAUUUUAACAGUAAGUACAUAAAGCUUUUACGAUAUACACUGGAUAAAAGUGGUUUGGAGAGAGUUAAAAUCAUUGCCAGUGAUAACCUCUGGGAGCCGAUCACCUCUGUUAUGAUUGCUGACAGAGAGUUACAAGAUGCUGUUGAAGUCUUAGGGGUUCAUUACCCUGGAACCAACACUGUGCCCAAUGCCCUGAAGACGGGGAAAAAACUGUGGUCCUCUGAAGAUUACAGUACCUUUAAUGACAACGUUGGCGGAGGCUGCUGGGCCAGAAUACUCAACCAGAACUACGUCAAUGGCAAAAUGACAGCGACCAUAUCUUGGAACCUCCUUGCUAGUUAUUAUGAGGACCUUCCCUUUGGAAGGGAUGGACUAAUGACUGCAACGGCGCCAUGGAGUGGAAAUUAUGUUGUUGAGUCCCCUAUUUGGAUAACAGCCCACACUACCCAGUUUUCUGAGCCUGGCUGGACGUACCUGCAGACGGUGGGACACUUCACACAUGGUGGGAGUUAUGUUGCACUGACUGGUGAGAGAGGAAAUCUAACAAUAAUCACUGAAACUAUGACCCAUGACCACUCUGUGUGUAUAAGACCUCCUCUGCUUCCUUAUAAUGUCACGGUUCAGAAUGUAACAUUCCAUCUGAAAGGGACUUUUGCUUCGAUCAGUGAGCUGCAGGUGUGGCAUUCAAAGUUUGAUUUCAAGACAAACAAGACAGUCCUCUUCCAAAAUCUCAAGCCUAUUAAAGUAAUUGAGGGGUCUUUCAGCAUUGAGCUUGAUGUUGACGAGGUAUACACAUUUACUACUGUAACAAACGGUCAGAGAGGGAGUUACCCAGAUCCUCCACCCACCUCUCCCUUUCCUAAAAAAUACAAAGAUGAUUUUGAUGUCACUGGAAAUCCAUAUUUCUCAGAGGCUCCAAACUUUGCAGAUCAGACAGGGGUCUUCGAAUACUUCACGAACCUGACGGAUCCUGGACCUCAUGUUUUCACUCUGCGACAGGUGGUCACUCAGCGUCCGGUGACCUGGGUUGCAGAUGCUGAUCAGACAAUAAGUGUUAUUGGUGAUUAUAAAUGGCAUGACCUAAUGGUGUCAUGCGACGUGUACAUGGAGGCUGUGCACACUGGUGGAGUCUUCAUUGCUGUCAGAGUGGAUAAAGGUGGAGGAGUCAUUCGAAGUACAAAGGGAAUCUUUUUCUGGGUGUAUGCAGAUGGCACCUACAAAGUCACCAAUGACCUCAGUGGAAUGACAGUUCUUGCUGAGGGACUGUCUGGAACUAGAGCGCGUGUAUGGUAUACACUGACCCUUACAGUCAAGGGAAACUAUGCGUCAGCAGACCUCAAUGGCUAUGCCCUGUGGAAGAACGCAGUGCUCUGGGAGCCACGGCAUGGAUGGGCGGCCAUAGGCACUAGUUCUUUUGAACUUGCACAGUUUGAUAAUUUUGCUAUAGAGGCUAUAGCCUGAUCUUUUUUGGUUUGCCAUUGUUGUGACACUGUAAACAAGCAGACUGGAAACACACAUUUUCUUGUAUCUGACUAAUGUGAUUAUGAAGAGAUUUAAUGAGUUUUUUUCAUUUUUAAGGUUUCAGUUAUGCAGCCAUACCCAAUGUGUCUUAUUAAUAAUAAUAAUAAUAUAUUAUUUAUAAUUUAAACCACUUGUGUGAUUCAGAAUUUCUGAAAAUUAACAAUAUUGUGUCUACUAAGGAUCUUCCCCAUCUGCGGGUAAAUCAGAUGAUUCAUCAUCUAGCUUGACCAGAUAAUGACCACAAAUGACCAGCAUGAUCAAUCAUGCACAAUAUCAGUGCUUCAUUGUGAAUAUACCAAUAAAAUAUAACUAGAGCAUUUCA